AUGCUCGACUAUAAAUCCGAGGAACUAAAGUUUAGCCAGAGAAUAGGGACCGAAGACCGACCCGGAACGUCUUCACCUUCCUUCACUCCAGCCUUUAAGGAAUCCGUUCAGUCGCUGCGCUUUGCUUCUCUCUACGUACAAUCAGGAAAUUCAACCAGCAAACCAGAGAAAGAAAGAAGAAAGGAGUUAACUAACGAUUUCCCUCUUUCAUAUGCAGCUCCUGGCCUCCCUUACUUGCAUGCUUUCCUUUCUUGCCUAUACCUGGAGUUCAUUAGCUACCCAGAUAAAUUGUUUGAUCAAACGAGGGUCGAUGUAAUUGAGCUGCUUAUCGCACUUCUUAUUCCCGCCCACCCGCUUCUCUUUUCCUUCUGGAAGUUUGGGUUUGGGAGAAUCUCCAUCAAAGUUGUUCGUCAUCUCGAGAAGAAGCUUUCUUUCCUUUCCUUAGCCGGAGAAGAGGUCGGGCCUGGAGAAGACCUUAUUAAAAGAAGACGGGAGGUGUGUGGAGAUACCGAUAACAACCCUAUUGUUUUAGAUUCUGUUAAGGAUCUGUAUUUCAAUGGACUAACAGUGGAUGAGAUCGGUCGAGUGGUCUCAGUUGGAGAUGGGAUUGCCCGUGUAACUGGAUUGAACGAGAUUCAAGCUGGUGAACUGGCCGGUCGGAUCCACACCUUGAUUCAGGAUUAA